AAAUUCUGCAUGUUGUUGCAACACUAGGAAAUCACGUGACCAGCUUGCGUUUGAGAGCGCAUUCACAGCUGCUUGUAAAUAGAGGCUGUAAAUAUAACCAUAGCAAGUAAAAAUGAGUUUGGGUUCGCGCGCCACCAAGGGUGGUGCGAAAACCGGCGGGGGGAAGGAGGGGAAACACGCGCCGGACAAGAACAAGGCCACAGAUAAGAUACAGACAAAGGAGAAGAUCAAACCACAGGCCACAACUGAACAACUACGUAUGGCAAACAUGAUCGACCGUAAAAGUGAAGAUUCCACAGAUGUUCGCAGAAUGGUGUUGGAGUUAAUGGAGAUGACGCGUCGUACAGAGGAGGAGGUUUGUUCGGCACUGCAUGACUCCGACAACGAUUUGGUCGCGGCAUGUAAUCUACUGCUGGAGGACACGCAACGAAUACAGGGUGAAUGGCAGACCAAUGAAAAAAAAAAGAAAAAACCGGCGCCUGCACCCGGCAACGGCGAGCUAGAGCCGCGCUCGCCCCGCAGCCGCUCCGGGCCGCGCACGCGUACGUACUCUCAUACACCUCCCAUACAACUCACCCACCUCCCAUACCAUUCGCUAUCUAUCGCUAUCGCUUACUAUCAAGAUACUGAUUACUGCUUUCAGAUUGUCGGCGCGGCGACCUCCGAGAUACAACGGCGAGCUAGAGCCGCGCGGGGCGCGCGCGCGGCGGCGGCGGCGCUCCGGGCCGCGCACGCGGCGCGCUCAUACACCUCCCAUACAACUCACCGCGCGCGCGCCCGCACACACGGCGAGCUAGAGCCGCGGGCGGGCGGGCAGCGGCGCGCUCCGGGCCCGCGCAGGCGCGCCGUACUCUCAUACCCCUCCCAUACAACGCGCGCGCGCCUCCACACACAACGGCGAGCUACGGGGGGGCCGCGCUCGGGGGGCGGCGCGGGCCGGGGCCGCGCACGCGUACGUACUCUCAUACACCUCCCAUACCGCGCGCGCGCCCCGCACACCAUACAACGGCGAGCGGGAGCCGCGGGGGGCCCGGCGCGGCUCCGGGCCGCGCGCGCGCGCGCCGUACUCUCAUACACCUCCCGCGCGCGCGCCCGCACACACAUACAACGGCGGGCUAGGCGCGCUCGCCCCGCGGCGCGCUCCGGGCCGCGCAGGCGCGUACGUACUCUCAUACACCCCCCCCGCGCGCGCGCCCGCACACUCCCAUACAACGGCGGCGGGGAGCCGCGCUCGGGGCGGCCGCUCCGGGCCGCGCAGGCGCGCUCGCCCCGGGGCGGCCGGGCCGCGCACGCGUACGUACUCUCAGACACCUCCCAUACAACUCACCCACCUCCCAUACAACGGCGAGCUAGAGCCGCGCUCGCCCCGCAGCCGCUCCGGGCCGCGCACGCGUACGUACUCUCAUACACCUCCCAUACAACUCACCCACCUCCCAUACAACGGCGAGCUAGAGCCGCGCUCGCCCCGCAGCCGCUCCGGGCCGCGCACGCGUACGUACUCUCAUACACCUCCCAUACAACUCACCCACCUCCCAUACAACGGCGAGCUAGAGCCGCGCUCGCCCCGCAGCCGCUCCGGGCCGCGCACGCGUACGUACUCUCAUACACCUCCCAUACAACUCAUCCACCUCCCAUACAACGGCGAGCUAGAGCCACACGCCCCGCAGCCGGGGGGGCGGCCGCGCACGGGGUACUCUCACACACCUCCCAUACAGGCGCGCUCUUCCCCGCGCGCGCGUAUAUGCACACACAUGUUUUUUGUUCGGGGGCGCGGCGGGGGCGAGGGCACUCGGGGCCCGGGCGCGGGGGCAGGCGCGCGGCCCCGCCCGGGGGCGCGCGCGCGCCCGCACACACGGGCGGGGCGGGGGCGCGGCGCGCGGCGGCGGCGGCGCGGGCCGGGGCCGCGGGGGCAGGCGCGCCGGCCCGCCCCGCCCCCGGCCCGCGCGCGCGCCCGCACACACAGGUCAGUACGGGGGGGCGGCGGGGGCGGGGGCGGGGGGGCGGCGCGGGCCGGGGCCGCGGGGGCAGGCGCGCCGGCCCGCCCCGCCCCCGGCCCGCGCGCGCGCCCGCACACACAGGUCAGUACGGGGGGGCGGCGGGGGCGGGGGCGCGGGCCGGGGCCGCGGGGGCAGGCGCGCCGGCCCGCCCCGCCCCCGGCCCGCGCGCGCGCCCGCACACACAGGUCAGUACGGGGGGGCGGCGGGGGCGGGGGCGGGGGGGCGGCGCGGGCCGGGGCCGCGGGGGCAGGCGCGCCGGCCCGCCCCGCCCCCCGCCCGCGCGCGCGCCCGCACACACAGGUCAGUACGGGGGGGCGGCGGGGGCGGGGGCGGGGGGGCGGCGCGGGCCGGGGCCGCGGGGGCAGGCGCGCCGGCCCGCCCCGCCCCCGGCCCGCGCGCGCGCCCGCACACACAGGUCAGUACGGGGGGGCGGCGGGGGCGGGGGCGGGGGGGCGGCGCGGGCCGGGGCCGCGGGGGCAGGCGCGCCGGCCCGCCCCGCCCCCGGCCCGCGCGCGCGCCCGCACACACAGGGGGGCGCGGGCCGGGGCCGCGGGGGCAGGCGCGCCGGCCCGCCCCGCCCCCGGCCCGCGCGCGCGCCCGCACACACAGGUGGCAACAUCGGGGACUCGUUCCCCACCACAGAAGACUGGGACAACGAGGAGUGGUCAGGAUCUCUGUCAGACACCAAGGUAUAUGUGUUCACGCCGAGUUCGAGUGCUCAAAACCAGGCAAACGACACAGAACCUGUCGCCACACAGAUUAAUUCCACAGAGGACUGGGAGUCGGGUGUCGCGGCGGUGUCGGCGGUGUCGGGGGCGGGGGCGGGGGUGGCGGGGGUGUCGGGGGCGGGGGGGCCGGGGGCGGCCAGCAACGGUCCCGACGCACACAUCCCCUCCUACACCUACCACAACGCGCACCACCACCAUACACUCAUCGACCAGAUGGGCAGCGGCGGCAGCGCUUCGCCGGCGGCUGCGCCCGAGCCCGCACCGGAGCCCUACCUCGCCGCCGUCCACCACCAGCCGAUGGGCAUGUCUGGCAGUUUGUCGGCCGCACAGUCGCAGUAUUUAUCACAGUUAACCCAACAGUCACAAAGGCACGACAAUAAUGCGUACGGUGGGUUCGUAUACGGCGAGGCGGGACGGAAGCAACGGGCGAGGUUACCACCGCCAUCCAAGAUCCCGGUGUCUGCCGUGGAGAUGCCGGGCGGUGGGGAGGUGUUCCUGGACGUACAGUUCGGAGCGCUCGACAACGACGCCCUGGACCAACACCAGCACCAGCACCAACACCAACACCAGCACCAACACCAACAUCAACACCAGCACCAACACGCGCACGCCGCACAGGUGCAGCCGACGUCAGUAGCGGAGUCACAGUCUGUGAUAUCGAGCAGUCACGAGACGACGACGGAAAUACCUACCACAGUAUAUCCCAACACCAACAGUAUACUGAGCGAACUGCCAGCACCGGAGCCGGUGACCGCGCAGCCCGCGCCCGACACGGUCGUCUCCACAACCGCAGCGCUGGAGAAGCAGCUGACGGCGUCGAUGAAGCAGCUGUCGGUGGGACCCGCGGCGAGCGCGGCGCCCCCCGCCGCAGACACCGCGCCCCCCGCCGCCCCCGCCGCGCCCCCCGCCGCGCCCUCGCCCGCCACCUCGGCCGCGCACCACGCGCCGCACCACCACUCGUACUCGCACCACCGGCCCAAGGUACGUGCCCCCCCCGCCCCCCCGCCGCGCCCCCCGCCGCGCCCUCGCCCGCCACCUCGGCCGCGCACCACGCGCCGCACCACCACUCGUACUCGCACCACCGGCCCAAGGUACGUGCCCCCCCCCCCGCCCCCCCCGCCCCCCGCCGCGCCCCCCGCCGCGCCCUCGCCCGCCACCUCGGCCGCGCACCACGCGCCGCACCACCACUCGUACUCGCACCACCGGCCCAAGGUACGUGCCCCCCCCCCCCCCGCCGCGCCCCCCGCCGCGCCCUCGCCCGCCACCUCGGCCGCGCACCCCGCGCCGCACCACCACUCGUCCUCGCACCACCGGCCCAAGGUACGUGCCCCCCCCCCCCCCCCCCCCCCGCCGCGCCCCCCGCCGCGCCCUCGCCCGCCACCUCGGCCGCGCACCACGCGCCGCACCACCACUCGUACUCGCACCACCGGCCCAAGGUACGUGCCGCCGCCCCGCCGCCGACGCCGCGCCCUCGCCCGCCACCUCGGCCGCGCACCACGCGCCGCACCACCACUCGUACUCGCACCACCGGCCCAAGGUACGUGCCCCCCCGCCGCGCCCCCCGCCGCGCCCUCGCCCGCCACCUCGGCCGCGCACCACGCGCCGCACCACCACUCGUACUCGCACCACCGGCCCAAGGUACGUGCCCCCCCCGCCCCCCCGCCCCCCCGCCGCGCCCUCGCCCGCCACCUCGGCCGCGCACCACGCGCCGCACCACCACUCGUACUCGCACCACCGGCCCAAGGUACGUGCCCCCCCCGCCCCCCCGCCGCGCCCUCGCCCGCCACCUCGGCCGCGCACCACGCGCCGCACCACCACUCGUACUCGCACCACCGGCCCAAGGUACGUGCCCCCCCGCCCCCCCGCCCCCCCGCCGCGCCCUCGCCCGCCACCUCGGCCGCGCACCACGCGCCGCACCACCACUCGUACUCGCACCACCGGCCCAAGGUACGUGCCCCCCCCCCCCCCCCGCCGCGCCCUCGCCCGCCACCUCGGCCGCGCACCACGCGCCGCACCACCACUCGUACUCGCACCACCGGCCCAAGGUACGUGCCCCCCCCGCCCCCCCGCCCCCCCGCCGCGCCCCCCGCCGCGCCCUCGCCCGCCACCUCGGCCGCGCACCACGCGCCGCACCACCACUCGUACUCGCACCACCGGCCCAAGACGGCGAGCAGUGCGGGCGCGCAGUCGGGCGGUCCGCCGCUGUACCACGCGGUGUCGCACCACCCGCCCGUCUACGGCGGCGUGUACGCACAGCAGGUGAACUCAACGAAUGCGUCAUUGGCCGGCGCGUCACUAUCGGCCGGCUACCCGUCCAGCGUGGCGCUCACACAAUACCAGCCCAUCCUCAAUUCCUACCAGUCUGCGUCGGGCGGCGCGGCUGCGGGCGGAGGCGUGGCGGGUGUGAGCGCGGGCGUGGCGGGCGUGGCGGGCGUGGCGGGCGUGGCGGGCGUGGCGGGCGUGGGCGGCGCGUACGGCGGCAGCGCGCUGUACUCCGCGCCCUACGCCUACCAGCCGCCGCCCGCACAGCCCGCGCCCGCCGCCGCGCCCGCGCCCGCCCAGCCCGCCCAGCCCGCCGCCAAGCUGCAGCCCAAGGACGCGCAGUAUGACGGGCCAGUAGCGUCGAGUAAUAGUUUAUCAAGUACGUCAACGACUCAGACGUCAACAGCCAAAGUAGCAACCACCACAGCGCACGGAUCGACGAGCUCGAACUCCGCGAGUAGCGUGAGCGGAGUGAGCGGCGUGGGCGGUGUGAGCUCCGUGAGCGGUGUGAGCGGUGUGAGCGGCGUGAGCGGAGUGAGCGGAGUGAGCGGAGUGAGCGGAGUGAGCGGAGUGAGCGGAGUGAGCGGAGUGAGCGGAGUGAGCGGAGUGAGCGCGGGGUACGCGAGCGGCGCGCUGUACGGCGCGGGCGGCGCGCACGCGGCCGGGUACGCGUACGACGAGCAGCUGCUGCGCGGCACCACCACGCUACCACACCACAUGGGCGGGUACUACGAGGUGGGGUACGGGGUGAACGCGCGCGAGGGUAGCUUCGGUCUGGGAGCAGGAGAUCGGUUCGGACGGACGGACGCAGCCUCCCCGCAGCAAGUACCAGCCGCCCUGCCGCCCGGGUACGCCUACUUCUACCAGCCGCCGCCCACCACCUACCAGUACGGAGUCUACCCGUACGGCGGAGGGUCGAACGUGGGCGGCGUGGGCGGAGUGGGCGGCGUGGGCGGCGUGGGAGGCGUGGGCGGCGUGGGCGGCGCGGCCGGCAAGGUCUCCACCUACGCGCAGCAGCAGCCCCAGUACGACGCACAGGACUCCUACAAGACUGGCGGCGGCGGAGCAUAUGGCGGAGCGGGCAGCAAAGCGGGUGGCGCAGCCGAGUUAGCAUACGGCAAGCCUCAUGUAGCGCUCUCCAAAGUUAAUAGUUACGAGAAGGCAACGUUCCACAGCGGCACGCCGCCACCGUUCGGGGCCGGCUCGCACCUCUACAUCCCCGCGCCGCCGCACCACCACCACCACCACGCGCCGCACCAGAUGGAUGUGCGGGUGAACAGUAGUCAUAAUAGGCGGGAGAGCGGCGCGGGCGGCGGUCGUAACGCGUCGUCGAAGCCCCAGGCCAGCAAGCCUGCGUACUCGCAGUCCUACUGGACGCCCAACUAGCCGCUUGUUCGGUUAAAAGCAAGCAGUCGUUAGACACAUGUAUAUAGAUGGCGUGCGAACGCCCCCUCAACGUUCAGUCAAUUGUCGUGUCGUCCGGUCGUCCGGCCGUCCGGCCGUCCGGCCGCCGGACAGUCCGACCGUCCGUUACGUGCGUGCUCGCUACGCACCCGUAACGCCACCUUGAUGUCUUGCGUGUACCUAUUUUAAUGUAUAACUAAUGUAUAAUAAAAUGAAAAGGAAAUUGAAACGACAACUAUGUUAAUAUGUUUUUAUUUUAAAUUCAUAAGUGCGGGCGUCGGUGGCGGGCCGCGUCGAAAUCAUAGAGUAACAGAGAUUAAGUUUAGAACUUUAGAUAUGUAAUUGCAAUAUUAGGUUGUUUUUUUUGUACUAUUAUUUUAUUGUAUACAUAAGCUCGCGCCGGCGCCGUUCUCAUUCGUAACACCGUUAUAGGUUACAAUAAUUGUUUAAAAAUUAACUGUAGUGCUAUGUAUAUCUUAUCUCUAUAUAUAAAAUAUGUAUAUGUAAGUGUUUGGUGCGCUAUGCGCGCCGAAUUAUCUUGUAUUUAGUUGAUUUUUGUAAUUACAUAUUAUAAUUAAAAAUGUCAUAGGUAAUCGUAAUGUAACACUACCGUAAUUUAUAGACGAGGUCUUUUUUAUGUGAAAGAAUGCUGUUGUGUUGAACCCGCGGACAUUUGUAUGAGGGAAUAAAACAAUAUUGGAACUCG